AUGGACCGAACGGAGAGUGGUGGUAGUCGUCAAAAUCGGCGGCCACGCCGUGAAAAUACGGGAGGCGACCCUCAUCUUGCUGCACGAGGCUAUUCGGAGCCGCCCAAUUUUCAGCUGAACGUUCCACCGCCACCUCCGCCUCCUUCGAAGUCUGGCCAAGACGAGCCUGUGCUGCUGGAGCUUGUCAUCCCGGUUAUGGCGGCAGAGCCUGAGCAACUUUUCAGUGGUAAGAAGUGCCGGUUCGGCUGCGGUCACACGCAACACGCGGAUGCCCAUGUCUCCCCCGUGCUGCCUUGGUGUCCCGGCGGCUCCAGCAGGUUCCUUCCCUCCAUACAACCAGAUGAGGCAGAUCUGUGUGGCAUUCACGCAGAGAUCCGGAGAGGCCUAUCCGGUCCGGAACUGAGCGGCCUCUGUCAGAGCUCUCCUGUCCUACCUGUAGUUGGUGCCAGCAGCGUCCCAUACAAGACGAGGCACUGCGCAGUCGUUGACCCAGUCUCACCGUUCAAGCAGAUGCCGCACAACCUGCAGCAGCCACCGCAAGCCCCGUUGCAGCAUCUUCUCGCUACCGGGCCAGUGUCCAUGCCGGCACCUUCACCCAAUGCACAUGAUCGUGAAGAAGUCAUUCGCGAGGCUUGCAAGGCCCACGACAUCCCAAAAGCGGUCAUGAUCAUCGCAAACCUUUCAGAUGAUGAUGGACUGCAGAUCCUCCCGAACGUUCUGGAGGAUCUGAAUCAAGCGUUGCAAGAAGUAGCGCAAAACGACGGCGAGGAGGGAAGACUAAGAUCCGUUCCUGCGGAGCACUUGGCGGAGCUCGCCUACCAAAUGGGAAGGAUUCCAGUGUCGCCGGGCCAGCAGCCCGUCGUUGCCAGGAUUAUGCAGGUGACGGCGGAGAAGGCAAAAUACAGGACGGAGGAGCCAGUGGCCGAGAAAGGUGGCGACAUGUGCUCCACUUUCGUGGCAGCCAAACUCCGGGAGCACUUUGACAGGUACGGCUGCCCCAGAGACGAUGCAGCAUUCCGACAGAUGGUGUUCGACAUCGACGCAGCUUUCCUCGCCACAGGGAAGGCCAGCGGGUCGACUGCAACGAUGUGCAUCGUGCAGAAGGGAAUCGGUGGCAAGUGCCAGAUCCGAGUUGCCAACGCUGGUGAUAGUCGCAUCCUUCUCGGCCGGCGAGAUGGCAGAAUAGUAGACGGUGGAGGAACUGACCAAGGCCUGACCACCGACCACAAGCCUUGCCACCCUGCCGAGCGCCAGCGAAUCUAUCGCUGUGGUGGCACUGUGGAGAAGGCAGCCGGUGGCGUUGCGCGGGUGAACGGUGAACUGGCGGUUUCCCGCGGAUUCGGGGACGCUGAAUUCAAGAAGACAGGAGGCCCAGGUCCUGAAGAUCGACCAGUGACCUGCAAUCCUGAGUUCGGUCGCUUUGAUUGCGAUGAUUCCCACUUUCUCCUGCUGGUUUGUGACGGGAUUUCGGAGGGAGACUUCCCGAACCCUGAUGUCAUCAGGCAUGCUGCUGCAACUCUGCGGGGCAAAGACGAUCCAGGAAAAGUUGCAGAAGCGGUUUGCGUCAAAGCUUUGGAGUCGAAUUCCAAAGACAACCUAUCGUGCAUGUGUGUCCUGCUCAAAGGUUCCGACAACAAUCGGGACCAAACUGCCUUUCAUCCCGGGCCCAUUUAUCGCCCACAUCACAAAGGCUUUAUGGAGGCCUAUGAAGCCAUGGCCAAAAAGGCCGGCCUGACGCUGGCGCAAGCAGCGGAGAUGAGGUACGAAGCACUGCUUGAGGAGCUAAGCAAACCAGAGGUGGGCGGAGCCAAGCUGGAGGCUUUGAAAGAGGAGAAGAUGAAGCUCGGAUCUCCUGCAGGCACCAAGGGAAGUCCCGAGAGAGCGGCCUGGUGGAGAUCCUGGGAGCAGAAGCUUCCAGACUUGCAGAACAGCGAAGAAGACGGUGACGGAGCUGAUCCGGAUGCGAUGCUAAUGAGGAUGCUGAUGUCGCGAUUCGGCGGGCAAGAUCCCAGCCUUCUCGUGGGCAGUAUGAUCGGAUCCCCGGCGGGGACGGAUGCAGAGGACGGGAAGGACGGACGACAAGUUCGGGUGCCAGAGCUUCGUGCACUGCAGCGAGCUGUGGAGCAACACCCCGCCCUCCAGUGGGAUGAUCGGUUGAGAACGCUGGCCGGUCAAGAGGGGAUUGUUGCAAAAGAUGAUCCUUCUGAUGGGACGUCUUCCGUACGGUUUCCGCCGCCAAUAGGUGUGCUGGCAUGGCUGCCGACGAGUGUGCUGACGAACGUAGAUGACACCCGGGAGAGCCGGUCACCAGGCUUCCUGAGCCGGUCUACAAACCCGGCUCGGCAAGCGCCUCUCGACGCACAUCGUCCGUUGCUACCUCGGCUUGGCCAGCGUCCUGCCGUGGACUUGGAGAACUUGGAAGCCAUGGCUGGCUCAUUCUGGAGAGUGCCGGUUCACCUUUGGAUGGGCAGGGCAAGCAUCUCGUGGGCCAUGGCACAGUGGGGCACUCGAGAGGAGCCGCUCCUGAAGGCGAUUGCCCAGACGCUGUACAGGCAAAGAGACAACUUUGAGCCUGCCCAGAUGUCCAUGGUCUCGUGGGCGUUUUCGACGCUGAGUUUCAAAUACGAUCCGCUGCUGAAUGCGAUCAUGGCUGAGUCGAUCAACCAGAUCGGCAACUUCACCAAUCCCGAGUUGGCACACCUCGCUUGGGCGUUUGCCAACCUGAGAGUCCAGGACAGAGGCCUUUACUUGGCCAUCUCUCAGCAAGUGCAGAGGAAUUCGGCAGGCCCGGCCUCCAUGGAACCCGCGGAGAUUGCCAACAUAGCUUGGGCAUUUGCGAAGAACCAGAUGGGAACCGAUUCAGUGAUGAGGUUCAUUGCAGAGCAGGCCGAGCCGCAGAUUGGCAGCUUCAAGGCCGCAGAGAUCACGAUGCUCACCUGGGCCUUUGCCGUCACUGGGCAGCAACAUUUUGGUCUGAUGUCGGAGAUUGGCUCGAAGGUUGCCAAGAGGGCUGAAAAGUUCACCCCUCCCCAGCUGGCCCACGUGACUUGGGCCUUUGGGGCGCUUGGGAUGAGGCAAUCAGACUUGUGCGAGAAGGUGACCAUGUGUUUUGAGAACAACAAGGCCGGCUUCACUGCCCAAGGUCUGGUGCAGAUCGUAUGGGGCUUUGCAAUGGUCCAGUAUCGACACAAAGGCUUCAUGGAGUCUGUGGCGCCUCACAUCAUCCAGGGCAUUUCGGAUCUGAAGCCACUCGCCCUGUGGCGCUGCGCUUGGGCGUACAACACGCUGUUGGUAAGCCAUGCCGAGCUCAGAAAGGCCAUCUUGGUGCCCACCUCGGGGUACAAUUUCCUUUUCCGACGUUUGCCGCACCGAGGCCACCACACCGAGAACCAAGCCGGACCAUCCUUGCAGAUCUUGGAUUUACAACGCCUGGGACUCGUGGCAUCAGGUGGCAUGCAAGAGCCGAACUGGAGCUUUGUAUCGCGAUGCUUGAAGGAGGUUCACAUGCGAGGCUUGCCAGACUGUGUGGGCUUCGAGAUUCAGGCAGAGAACGUGCACCAGCAGGUGCAAAUUUCUGAGUUCUGCGUGCGAGCUUUCGGCGAGGGAGCGGAUAACUCUGAGUCGUACAUCGAGGCGACCGACCUGCUUGUGCCGGAUCUUUUCGGGGGUACUGCAGCGAGCGAGGCGGUGCUUGUCGCUUUGGGAGAAGCCAGCGUUCAUGUGUACAGGAGCUUGCUUGUGAACCCGCAGUCUAGUGAAGAUUGCAAGGCGGUGUGUGGCUAUUUGCGGAUGUUCUUGUCGCAGAUCCCCUCCUUCAGCAUCAUCUCGCUGUUGGUUCAGUGGCGGACAAGAUUCCCCAACGUUCAAAUCGAGUUUGUGGAGAUGCAGAUGACAGCUCCGAAGACGGUUUCGAAGAGCGUAGGGAUGGAGAGCCAAUAG